CUCCCCCUGGUGGACUCACCCGGUACUGCAGCGAACACAGUCCUAAAGGAGGUCCCUCUCCAGGACUCAGAUUAAAGGGGAGACGGUGAGACGGGUCGUUUCCCCGUAUGUGCCGACAGAGAGCGGUCCUGAUCCAGGUCCUGUUGGGGUCAGGGGUUCAGUCUGUUAUGUUCCUACUGAGGGGAAUUAAGACCCGACUUCACUGGACUAGUCUGGCGCCAUCAAUUAAGUCCUCGACCAAUCAGAAGCCGCCUGCUGCCUCCGGUCUCGCGUUCUGCUCCACCUGUCUGUCUGAGAGCCGGAUCCUCUCGGACUCUCCGUCCUGGUCUGCGGUUUUAAAGACUUUGUGGACGGUCCCAGUCCUGCUCCCUCCUCACAGCUGACGUGUGUUCUGUCCUGCAGCCCCUCAUGUCGGUCUCUCAGAUCCGUCCCGGUCUGUACCUCAGCGGUCUGGAUCCGGCUCUGAACCCUGGCAUCCUCUCCAGUAGGAAGGUCACGCUUGUGGUGAACGCCUCUGGACUGGAGGAUGUGUCCUACCCUCAGCUGGACGGUCUGCAGGUCCUCCACGUCCCUGUCCAAGACCAGCCUCACGCCCCCCUCGGACAGUUCUUUGACCUGGUGGCGGAGCGGAUCAACCAGAACCACUCGGGGACGACUCUGGUCCACUGCAGCGCGGGCAGGAGCCGAUCCCCUGCCCUGAUCAUGGCCUACCUGAUGAGGUAGACCACUGUCCCCCCAACAACACACACACACACCUCUGCUCAGGUGAGUCUGUAGACCCUUAGUGCUGCAGGGACCUGCUGACAGGUCGAGGUCGUUCGAGGAUGUACUGAUCCUGAACGUCACUGAAAACACAACCGACCUUUAGUUACCUCAACCGACCUUUAGUGACCUCAACCGACCUUUAGUGACCUCAACCGACCUUUAGUGACCUAA